UUGAAAAAGCAAACCAUAAUCAAUGAAGAGAACUGUGGGAACAAUGCAGUUUUUGGCAUAACUAGCUUAUGUGAGCAACAUGUCAUGUGUUUUCGAGUUUCAUUUCAGAAAGUCUAUUAUUAACAGCAGUGUUAAGAUUGGCGUCGGAGCUACUCAGCCUUACAGGUUUUCGGUGUGCUAAUAUGGCGGAUGCGAAACCUGUCAAUACACCAAUGUCAAAUAAAGUCAGUAUAUGCAUAAGCGACAUGGUGUUCACUGGACUGCUGUGAAGCGAAUUUUGCGGUAUAUUCGCGGUACGAUUGAUCAUGGGUUGGUUUUUCAGCCUUCUCAAAUUACUCUAAUAGAUCUGAUAACUGAUUAUGAAAUCAGUUGUAUUCUAACUGUUUUUAGUUGCUUCUCCUGAUAUUCGGAGUUACAAAAUAUGAUUAGAGCAGUUACUGUUAGGGAAUUAGAGAAUAUGAUUGAAAGCUAAGUAUUGAACACAAAAGAACAUGAUAGGGAGACAAAUGACACAAAAAGUACUCCGCAUUCAAAUGGUGGGAGUUUCAAGUUGAAAGGGUUUUGGGUGGCUUUUGUCUCCAUGCUAACAACAUCUUUCUCUCGGCUCACUCUAACUUCCAAGAUGCUGCUGCAGGGGGUAUUUUUGAUGUAUCAGAGCUAGCAACCCUGUCUGAGUGGUACGCCCCUUGAUCCAAUAACCAUACUUGCAGGAAAACAUCCCACUGAUGAUUUUUUUUGCAAUUGCUAAAAAGACGUCGUUAUCAUCCCCGGAAAAAAGUGCGACUUCAUGAUAGGUAAGAAAAACUGAUUUUUAUUUUUUUUAACCAGAAAAAGAAAGGAAUUUCCAUUGACAAAAUUUAUGCAGAUGUUUGGUUAUCAUCUGUCAGCAGUUCAGUGAAGCUCUGCUGGCAGAUUUCAUCAAGACUAUGAGGUGGCUAACUAAAACGACUAUGCGACAACAUUCCUAAAUAGUAAUGUUCAUCAAACAAGAAUACCAAACCCAAGACAUACAGAUAAAUGAUAGGGGAAGAAGAGUUAAGAACGCGUGCAUUAGCUGAACUCAGAUCUGAAACCAAUAAUUGCAAUCAACAACUUACAGAUAUUUAGCCAGGAAAGCCAAUGUGGCACCACUAAACUAGACCUCCCUAUGUACAUUCCUGAAGGAUGUCCUAUCAAAAAAGUUCAAUGAAGUCUUCAUGGAUUUCCUUGAUGUACAUUUCACCCGCCGUUGAGAGCGUGUCCGUAUACCUCAUAAAAUAAUUGUACAUGUAAUGUAGUGCAGUAUAGGUUUAGUGUACUCGGGCAAAAGUGAAUGUGAUUUGAUUAAAUUCAGAUGUCUGGCCUCAUUGAUUUUUAUGUGUCCACUUGCAGAAUAUGUUUGCAUGUUUCUCUUAAGAUGGUAUAUCAUGGAAUGGUAUAGGAUUGACGUGUUGGAAUCAGCAUCAACGUUGAUUAAUGGUUUCACUAAUCUUUGCACACGUUGAAGCAGCUAACACACACCCCAACUUCAACAGCGCAUGUAAUGCAGGAGAGAGAUAACUCCAUGAAAUCUGAGGGUGUAUGAACCACUCCAAUUUGUCCACUUGAUUUGAUCAUGACAAAGAACAGCUAACCAAAAGUCUUGUAUUUUUCUCUUUGUUUCUCUCUUCUCACAUCUCUUACAGAUCCUUUGAGAAACCAUUGGCUCAUGACACGAAGAUACUAGAUGCCCUUCUCAUUAUCUUUAAUCCUCCUACCUCACCUUUUAAGUCUCAUUCCCCUUGCUCAUCUAAACCUAUCCAAUGAAAACCAAGAAAAUUCGACACUAAGCUAUUCGAAGCGAGAACAAAAUGAAGUUACUAGGGUGGAUGCAGCAUAAGUUACGUCCAAGUAAUAUUGAACCUUUCAAGGAUUUCACAAUCGGGAACUAUUGUACCUGUCUUUUAGCUCACUCAUCUCUCGGUGAUAAUCAACGCUAUGAAUAUGGAUCCAGAUAUUCAACCCUGUCCCAACAGGAAAUGGAAAACUCCAUCACAGAAUUUCAAGGCAAGGGAGGAGAAGAUAACUUUGGAGAUGAAACAUCCAAUGUUAUCUCGGAGCUAUUCCAGGGGUUUCUCACCAUUGGAACUCUGGGAUCCCAACAAAUUAUGAGCGAGCCUGAAACGCCGACAUUCAAAGUGUCUUUGGAUAACAUAACCGAGGAUGAGACAGAGGUGACAGAAAAUGAUUUAAAGCUCAUCAACGAUGAACUGGGGAGAUUCCUUGAAGCUGAAGCUGAAGAACAUGGAUCCAAUGAAUCAUCAGGAAGGAACAGUCAGGUUAGCACGAUCACACUCAGUGGUAAGGCGAUACAAGCAGCAGCCAGUGUUGAAGAAUGUGGGAAGACAAUCCUAUGUCCACUCCAAGGAUAUCUGUUUGGGUCAUCAGUUGAGCUUCCAGAACCAAGAUUCGAGGUGAAGAAGGAAAAGGCAUCACUUGCAGAACUGUUCUACAGGACAAAAGUAGCAGAAGAGUAUAAUAAUAAUCCCAUGGAAAAAAGUGGGAAAGAGGACACCCAGACCAAGCAAACCACUAAACCUGUCAAACAUCUCAUCAAGAAAAUUCUCAAAAAGUUUCAUGCUUCUUCAGGGAAAGAAGAAACUAAUUCCUUUUCAACAAAGAAAAAGCUCCAAAAGGUCAUAAAACUGUUCCACCGAAAAAUCCACCCUGAAAACUCUAUAGCUGAAAGAGAGUCUAAGAUGAAUAAUGCUCCUUAUAGUGACAAUGACUAUACUGGUGGAGACAACAUGCGGUUUCCUCAGGGAUCAAGAUCUAAGGCAGGAUUAGGAAACAACAAGAAGACCAUCUCUAAACUGCCUCAAUACGGGCUUACUGGCUGUACUGCUGCAACCGAAAAUGGGGAGCACUGGAUUAAAACAGAUGCAGACUAUUUGGUGUUGGAGCUGUAGGCGAGAAAACUGCAACAAAUGCUUCUUAGUAAUAUAUAGCAUUCAUCCUUGGCGGUAAGAAUGCCAAUCUUAUGGCUUUGUAAUAUCAAUUUGUGUUGUAGUGUGUUUGCUUUGCUAGUGAGUGGUGAUGAACUCAAUAGAAGGAAGACUAUUAGGAGGAAUCCAUCUUAGUCAGCCUCCAGCUUGUUCUAAUAAAGUUUGUGCACUUAGUAUCUUGUAGUUUUUGUAUACCCUGAAGAUGUGUUUAUGAUGGUUUUCAAGUCUCGUUCCAGUUCAUGUGAA